AUGAUGUUGUUGGGCGUGACUGCCCCACGGCUGGCGGGUGCUAUUCGUCGCACUGCAGGCGAUGCGGCUGCCGCCGGGGGGCCGCGCACCCAGCUGCCGUUUCUUCGCAAGGUGGUGCGGGAUGCGCUUCGCUCCCCCAACACCCAUCAGAGCACGACGCCGUUCAGGCCUUAUCCUCCGCUCGGCGCCGGGGAGGAGAAACAACGGAGGAGCGGAGUGAUUUACAAGGACACGCAGUGCAUCGUCGUGAACGACGCGUUCCCCAAGUCACGGCUGCACUGUCUGGUUCUGCCGUUGGACCUUUCUUUACACUCCCUCAGUGCCUUGCGCAUUCAACAUGUCCCACUACUGCGCCAUCUCAUGGACGUCGCGGAUCGCUACGUGCAGUUUCUUCGGAAAGACGCCUCGGGGGGCGAUUGUGCGUCGCUGUCGUUUGCCACCGGCUUCCACUCGCUCCCGUCACUGCCCCAUCUGCACAUGCACCUCAUUUCCCUGGACUUUGAUAGCCCGUACCUGAAGAAGAAGAAACACUACAACAGCUUUGCCACUCCUUUCUUUCUUCCCGCCGACAGCGUUGUGGAGGACUUGGAGCGAAACAAGUGCAUUACGUUGAACCAAGACGUGGUGGGGCUGAAGCGCAUGGAAGAACAGGAACUGAGUUGUCUUUGGUGCGGCCGUGGCGAGGCGGGGAUGCCGCAGCUGAAGGCGCAUCUUCGCACGUGUCCCAACAGCCGCGCCUUUUUGAAUUCAACCGACGCAAAAUGA